CGCCGGUCUCCGCGGGACCCCGAGGAGGGCGCGGGCCACCUGGGAACCUCGGGGACCUGGAGGGGCGGGGCGGGGCGGGCUGGGAGGCCUGCCCGCGGCUCCGCGGCUCCGCUGACGGGCUGCGGGACCGAAGAAAGGCAACAGGGGAGGGUCUCGAUCACAGCCCCGCUCCUCUCCUGCGCCCGAGAGCUACGGAGACGCGCGGCACCCGACAUGGAACGAGCCGGCCCCAGCUCCGGGCAGCCGCAGCCGCAGCCGCAGAGGGACCAGGACUGGGUGGAAGCCUGGCUGGACGAUCACCGGGACUUUACCUUCUCUUACUUUGUUAGAAAAGCCAGCAGAGAAAUGGUCAACGCAUGGUUUUCUGAGAGGGUUCACAACAUUCCCGUUUGCAAAGAAGGCAUCCGAGCCCACCCCGAGUCUUGCUCUUGCUCUCUGCAGCAAAGUCCUCACUCAGAUAAUGCCGCCCCUGGAGCACCAGCCAGAAAGAUCUCUGCCUCUGAGUUUGACCGGCCUCUUAGGCCCAUUGUUGUCAAGGAUUCCGAGGGAACAGUGAGCUUUCUCUCCGACUCACGAGAAAAGGAACAGAUGCCGCUAACCCCCCCAAAGUUUGAUAGUGACGGAGGGGACCAGUGCUCAGGACUCUUGGAGUUAGUCAAAGAUAUUUCCAGUCAUUUGGAUGUCGCGGCCUUGUGCCACAAAAUCUUCUUGCAUAUCCAUGAGCUUAUCUCCGCUGAUCGCUACUCCCUGUUCCUCGUGUGUGAGGACAGCUCCAACGACAAAUUUCUCAUCAGCCGCCUCUUCGAUGUCGCCGAAGGUUCAACGCUGGAGGAAGCUUCAAAUAACUGUAUCCGCUUAGAGUGGAACAAGGGCAUCGUGGGACACGUGGCAGCUUUUGGUGAGCCCUUGAACAUCAAAGACGCCUAUGAGGAUCCCCGGUUUAAUGCAGAGGUUGACCAAAUUACAGGCUACAAGACACAGAGCGUCCUUUGUAUGCCAAUUAAGAACCACAGGGGAGAGGUUGUCGGUGUAGCCCAGGCCAUCAACAAGAAAUCAGGAAAUGGUGGGACAUUCACUGAAAAAGAUGAAAAGGACUUUGCUGCCUAUUUGGCGUUCUGUGGUAUUGUUCUUCACAACGCCCAGCUCUAUGAAACAUCCCUGCUGGAGAACAAAAGAAAUCAGGUAUUACUUGACCUUGCUAGCUUAAUUUUCGAAGAGCAGCAGUCGCUGGAAGUGAUCCUGAAGAAGAUCGCGGCCACCAUCAUCUCCUUCAUGCAGGUGCAGAAGUGCACCGUAUUCAUCGUGGACGAGGACGGCUCGGAUUCUUUCUCUAGUGUGUUCCACAUGGAGUGUGAGGAAUUGGGGAAGUCAUCCGACACUCUAACAAGGGAGCACGAUGCGAACAAAAUCAAUUACAUGUACGCUCAGUAUGUCAAGAACACGAUGGAGCCACUUAAUAUCCCCGAUGUCUCGAAGGACAAGAGAUUUCCCUGGACAAAUGAAAACACGGGGCAUGUAACCACGCCCUGUACUGGAAGUUUGCUUUGCACACCUAUAAAAAACGGGAAGAAGAAUAAAGUCAUAGGGGUUUGCCAACUUGUCAAUAAGAUGGAGGAGAAUACUGGCAAGAUUAAACCUUUCAACCAAAAUGAUGAACAGUUCCUGGAAGCUUUUGUCAUCUUCUGUGGCUUGGGGAUCCAGAAUACACAGAUGUAUGAAGCAGUGGAGAGAGCCAUGGCCAAGCAAAUGGUGACGUUAGAGGUCCUGUCCUAUCAUGCGUCAGCGGCAGAGGAGGAGACCAGAGAGCUGCAGGCGUUAGCGGCUGCUGUGGUACCAUCUGCCCAAACCCUUAAAAUUACUGACUUCAGCUUCAGUGACUUUGAGCUGUCUGAUUUGGAAACAGCACUGUGUACGAUUCGGAUGUUCACUGACCUCAACCUUGUUCAGAACUUCCAGAUGAAACAUGAGGUUCUUUGCAGAUGGAUUUUGAGUGUGAAGAAGAAUUAUCGGAAGACCGUCGCCUACCAUAAUUGGAGACAUGCCUUUAACACGGCACAGUGCAUGUUCGCUGCUCUGAAAGCAGGCAAGAUUCAGAGCAAGUUGACGGACCUGGAGACGCUUGCGUUGCUGAUUGCCGCUCUGAGCCAUGAUCUGGACCAUCGCGGCGUGAACAACUCAUACAUACAGCGAAGUGAGCACCCGCUGGCCCAGCUGUACUGCCACUCCAUCAUGGAGCACCACCAUUUUGACCAGUGCUUGAUGAUUCUCAACAGCCCCGGCAACCAGAUUCUCAGUGGCCUCUCCAUUGAAGAAUAUAAGACCACACUGAAAAUAAUCAAGCAAGCAAUUUUAGCCACAGACCUAGCACUGUACAUUAAGAGACGAGGAGAAUUUUUUGAACUUAUAAGAAAAAAUCAAUUUAGUUUUGAAGAUCCUCUUCAAAAGGAGUUAUUUCUAGCAAUGCUGAUGACUGCCUGCGACCUCUCUGCAAUUACUAAGCCCUGGCCUAUUCAACAACGGAUAGCGGAACUCGUGGCGGCUGAAUUCUUCGAUCAAGGAGACAGAGAGAGAAAAGAACUCAACAUCGAGCCUGCUGAUCUAAUGAACAGGGAGAAGAAAAAUAAAAUCCCAAGUAUGCAAGUUGGGUUCAUAGAUGCCAUCUGCCUGCAGCUCUAUGAGGCCCUGACCCAUGUAUCAAAGGACUGCUUGCCCUUGCUGGAUGGCUGCAGGAAGAACAGACAGAAGUGGCAGGCCCUUGCGGAGCAGCAGGAGAAGACACUGAUGAAUGGGGAGAACAGCCAGGCCAAGCGGGACUGACAGCCUCCCUCACGCGCAAACUGCCACGGCCUGAUUUUGGCAAACACUGUGCAAGUUUUGUGUGUGCUAUUUUGGUUUUGCACAGCUUUUGAGAGCAUAGCACGACAUGGUUUAGAGACCGCUACCUAUUUUCUGUACUUUUUUUGUUUUACGCCACUGAAGUGAAAUGAUUAGCCAUACUUACUCUUAACACGUUAAUAAGAAUGGUGUGAGUGGCAGUCCCACACUCAGCUUGAUUUUGCUUGGAGGCUGUAAAUAACUGGCCUUUGUGUUUCUUAGUCACCAGUCUUUCAAACAGGUUAGGAAUCUUUCUCAAAAGUGGGCUAGAGGCAGCUUGAAUCCAUUCUGAGACAUUUCAGGCCACCAAGAGAUGAACGCUGACCGAGUGAAUUUUAGGGAGAAAUCAAUAUAAACUUGUCAGGAGUGCCUUAACAGAGUUAAGAUGUUGUGAAACAAAAUGUGGUGUCUAGCUGUUCUGCCCUUUCUGUGAUGGGGAGAACUUGCGCUCUCACCCAUCUGUGUGAUGGGGCAAAUUUAAAUGGCAACCCAUCCGUGCAGCAGCCUUUCAGCAUGCAGUAUAGGCACCCCACCCAAAGCCCGGGACCAGACGAACCUCCCCCACACACACACACACUGACUGUCCCAACAGAGAGGGUAUGACAGAUGUGGGAGGGCCCUGGGUAACCCUCAUCCCAGAGAAACAUUUCCCUGGGAGAUCUUUCUGGAAAUCUACAUUUUAAAUACUGAAAACUUUAACAACUAUUUUAUUUUAUUUUACUUUUCAUCUCCUUAAUUCAACAAUUUAAGUUUCAACAGAUCAGUGGUCACAGCAGCACUUGCCUGAAGUCAGACAUGACAACAAACAGGAGGGUGCAAAACUGGCCUCUGUUUUCCUGUCAACUGAAAUUCACAAGAAAAAUAAAUAAUUAUAUAAGUAGCAGAGGUUUGUUGUCUCCAAUAGGGAGGCCAAACAACGAAUUCAGAGGAACAGUGUGAGGAAAACUUCCUGACUGAGUAAAAUAACAUUCAGUAUUGGAAGUAGAUAAUGAAUCACAUUGAGCAGCUGGAUUAGAGGAGGAAUUAUCUGUUCCAAAUGUGCAGAAAUGUUUGACUUUGGGGAGAAUUAAAGGGAUUUGAUUUAUUAAUUUCCACCCUUUCCCAUGUCCUCCCAAAAGGGAUAAAAUAUUUGGUCUAGGUUUCUAACAUUAAUUCGAGUUAAAAUGGGUUCUUUUCCGUUUCCUCUUUGCUUGAAAUUCGACAUGUUUGUUUUAGAGCCUGUGUGUGUAUAUUUGAUUGUGGCUUUGAUCUUACGCAGAUAUGAAGAGGCAAAGCAGGUUAUGCUAGCACUGCUUCGUACUGGUAACGGCCAGUCCAGGGAACUGUCGCCCAAUGCUAAAUGUAUUGUUGUUGUAAUACCUGUACUUUUCAGAAUAUUAUUUUAUUUUUACUUCUUGUCAUAUGGAUGAAACCUGUAAGGUUGCCUCAAAUGCACUGGUGUGUAAAUUACACAGACUGUCAUUAAUAAUAGUCAUGUCAGCAUACCGAAUACACCUAUGGACAAGUAACAUAAUUCCUGAGUAGAGACACUGCUUAGAGGACAUUCUGUAAGCCCCGCGCUGCGCCCUGCACAUUGUGCCUGAGCAGUUACGCUAAAAUGCAGUCAAAUACAUUCGUAGUUUCUCCACGCUCCUCUGACUUCAGCCGCUGAGAGUAUUUUUAAAGAUGACAGAUUAUCUGUGGAGGACUUGUCUGGAUAUUAACCAGCGAGAGGCCAUAUGUAGAUUGCAAAUUCUCUUGUUUUGCUUUAGGUAGUGGUUUGUUUUACAUACUAGCGUAGGCAUUAAGAUAGGAAAAGCAGUGCCAUGACAAUUCUAUUUUAUUGCUGGAUAUUUUAGUUCAUACAGAGGAGAAUAUUGUUUUAUUAAAAUCAUUUUUAUUUUAUAGAAAAACCAUUCCAUACAUGGAUUUCUGUCUGUGGUACAAGAACACAAGUCAUAAUUUUUGUUCUUAUGUGAAUAUUCCCUUUUGUAGUGUCCACUCAAGUUAGCAUGUAUUUAUCACGUUAUCGUAUUAUAAUUUCUCUCUCAUGCUGCCAUAUAUUGGCAGUGCCCACAGUGUAUGUGACUAGACUGUGUGUGUGACUAAUUGCUUGGCUGGCUGUACUAAAAUAGUAUGAUAAUAACAUUUCAUCUUAAUUUUCAUUCAGAACAAUCCCCGUGUUUUGCUAACUUGUCUGUAAAGUUUUCUAAUCUUGCAUGUUUAGAUUUGCCUUUGCCGGGCGUGAUGCUUGUGAAUGUGUAUAAGUCACUUGACCUUUGCACCUAACAAAGCUGCAUUUCUCAUGCAGUUAGGUUUGGACAAAGCCUGUGUUUCAGGGGACUGUCCCAGAAGACAGCCAACUCUUGAUCCUUCCUUAUGGGCCUUUGAGACCACUGUCGGAAAACGGGGUAUUAAAGUAGAGUGACCUCAUCACAAGGAUCAUUUCUUAUAUUGAGUUCCUUAGUCAGAAAACAAACACAUUUAAUCCACUCCACACAGACCUGGGUCGGAGCAUAAACCCAAAAUGAUGCUUCCUCACUGGUUGCUUAAUUAUGAAAAAGAGUUUCUUUUAGUUGUAGCAUGGAGGUAAGGAUAUAUAUGAAAAUGGACUGGAAAUACUGGCUUCUCGGGGGAACUUGAGUCACAGCUCUUGCCUACCAGUAAAGUGCCUUUAUUCUCAGAAUGUGUGAGGCUUGGCACCUAUUACAUUUCCAAACUUCCUGGGUUCCUCACUGUAUGACACUCCUAAACCUUAUCAGGUAGGCGGUAUGGCCUUUCUCUUUAACCUGAUUUAAGAUGAGAAAAGAUGAAAUGUCGCCUUGCUCUCCUGUAAACAGCUGUUUCAAAUAAGGAUUGAGUUACUCAUUAUCGCCCACGCAUCAGCCCACCCCUUAUUGAAUCCUCUCCUCAUGUUAGGGGCAGUGCCCAGCUGCUGAGACACAGUAACUCCAAGGGGCUCUCGGGCCGCAGACGAGAUGACUAAGAGCAUCGUUUCUCAUUCCGCCAGCUCAACAUGCAAUUAAAGAGGGCUUUCUGUCACUUUCCUCUUCAUCUGUAACAUACAGACUAUGAAGCAUAUGUCCGUGGACACUCUGUCUUGCUGUCAGCAUGGAUCAUUUAACUUGCUGAUAGCUUUAAGAAUACCUUAUGUAAGGAGUCAUGCCUUCCAUGACAUAGAUCAUGGUUCCAUAUUCCAGUCAGGGAGACAGAAAUCAGACUUCUCAUGGACUGCAGAUUUGGACCCUUUCUGCCCUCUCGCAGAGAGCAAAGAAGGCAGUAUUAAAGCUUACCUCACCCUUCCACAUUCUUAUCAAAAGCCUGUGUAGACACGUCUUGAAUGUCAUUGAAAGUGAUGUAAAUAGCUGAAAAUAUAAAUUUCUAUGACAGUUUAAGAACUCUAAUGAACCAUCACUCGACACUGUUGAUAUCUAUUUGUAUUCUUAUGUCUUUCCAAUAUAUCUGAAGAGAUGCAUAGUUUCUGGCACUAUUUUUAUACUAGCAGAAGAGUUGCUAUAUAAAUUAUGUUUUGUUGUGAAGUUGUUUAAAAUGGUUGAAAUGUUGGUUUCUUUCCUUUCCUGUCCCCGCACUGUAAACCAUUUCCAAUGAUCCUUCUGUGAGAGGGUCACUCUCCAGAAGCACACGCCCGCCCACCCCGGUCCCUGUGGAAUCAGAUACGGUCAAGGUGGGUUUUCAUUGUGUGAAGUCACCAUGUUGUCCGUUGUGUUCUUUGUUUGCAGUGCUGUAAAAAUAAAACGAAUGAACAAGAA